CAACAUCGUCAUUCGACAACUGUUUAUUGCGGAACUAUUUACCGAUCUUGUAUUUUGCGAGUGUUGAGAAAAUGGAGGAUCACUUAGGUCAGCUGUUUGAAAGAAAUUUCGGAGGUCGUGAUGUUGAAAGAGUUAGGGUAUUUCGUGUGCACAAAAAUAAAGAAGAAGAAGCUAUGCCGAAGUUAGAUCAUCCAAACAUCGUCAAAUAUGUUCGCUGUGGAAAUGACGACGACUACAUUUUCUAUAAAUUGGAACCGUGUGCUGCUUCUUUAGAUCAGCUGUUCCUAGACCCGAAUGAUCCCAAAAAAUACAUCGGACCGAUGCCACAUCAUAUCGAUGCUUUGCUUCAAUUGGCUUUAGGUCUCGAACACAUCCACUCCAAGAAUUUAGUUCACGGAGACAUCCAACCAGAAAACGUCCUGAUCUCAGUGGAAUCUGCUGGCAAAGAUGAGACAACUCUCAAAUGGGCUAAGUUUGAACUGACCAGAAACGUCAGUGAACGAGGAAAAGGAAAAACACAUCAACUCGGGGGAAAUAACGCGUGGUUAGCUCCUGAGUUGCUGUCGCUUAAUAACAAGUGGUUGGCACCCGAGUUGCAAUUAACAAGAAAACGUAAAAGAGACGUAGAAGAAAAAAAUUUCAAAGAGGCUGCCAAGAGCGACAUCUUUUCACUAGGACUCGUUUUCGGAAGUCUUCUCUUGAACGGCGAACAUCUCUACGGUUCCAUGGAAAAUGAAAAAGAAAUUUCCCAAAACAUAAUUAAAGGGAAUCCCAUCAACAUGCAAAAUCUUAACUCAAUUUUAGAAAUCGAUGGAAAAUUACGCGACUGUUACGAAAAUGACCUAUUGAAAAAAAUGUUGGAAAACGACCCUGGUAAAAGGAUGACAUCAACACAAGUGGUCGACAAAUUAAAAUCGAUCAAAGAUAAGAUUGCUGGAAAAGAAAAAGAAUUGCUUGAAUUGUGUGGGCGUGACAAUCGAUUGGAUCUAACGGAAAAUAUUAAAAAAUUCAUUCAGUUUGGAAUUAAUCUGAACGCAAAGGACGACGGUGGAAGGAAUGCGCUCCAUCUUAUUUGUCGAAACUAUUCCAGCCCAAAAUUAACCGACGUCAUUCAACUUCUCAUCGAAAACAAAACGGACGUGAAUGCAAAGGACAACGAUGGAUUGAAUGCAAUUCACUUUUUGUGUCGAUACCAUUCAAGCCAAAACUUAAUUAAAGCAAUUCAAAUCUUGAUUCGAUUCGGAAUCGACGCGAAAGCAACGACCAACGAUGGAUCAAAUGCGCUCCAUUAUUUGUGUCGUUACAAUGCAAGCCCCAAUUUAACCGACGCAGUUACAAUUUUUACGGAACUCGGAAUGAAUCUGAUGACAAAAGACAACAGUGGCUGGAGUGCGUUUUAUUAUUCGCAAAAAAAAGAUAAAAAGGAAAUGAAAAUUUGGUUCGACCGCAAUGCUAUACUCGGGCAAGGUGGCUUUGGUACGGUAUCAAAAGGCAAGUUCGGAGGUCGUGAAGUCGCAGUAAAAAGAGUUGAAUUACGCCAUGUCGACAAAAGAGAAGAAGAAGCAAUGCUCAAGUUAGAACAUCCAAACAUCGUCCAACUUCUUCACUUUGAAAAGGACAACGACUUUAUGUACUACGCAUUGGAAUUAUGUGUCGCUUCUUUAGAUCAACUGUUUUUGGAGUCGGAUGAUCCCCAAAAAUACAAAGGACCCAUGCCACGUCAAAUCAAAGUUUUUUCCCAAUUAGCUGAAGGACUGGAACACAUCCAUUCAGAGCGUUUAAUCCAUCGAGACAUUAAACCGAGUAAUAUCCUCAUCAUGAAAAGUCCUGGCAAAAAUGAAGAGAUAAUAAUCAAAUGGUCUGAUUUUGGACUGGCCAAAUCCGUCAAUGAAAAGGGAUUACACUCGUGGUCUGGAGUGAGAGGAACCAGAACUUGGUACGCACCCGAAGUGCUGGAAAAGCUCAUCAAAGAAGAAAAGGCGGAACAGGAAGAGUUUUGGGGCACCGUCCAGAGCGAUGUGUUUGUCCUGGGACUCGUUUUCGGUUAUCUUUUCUUGAAGGGAGAACAUCUUUACGGUUCCAGCGAAAAAGAAAUUCAUCAAAACAUAAGUGAAAGAAAUCCAGUGAAUAUGCAAAAAAUAGAUGAAAAAUUACGCAAAUAUUAUGAGGAUGACUUACUAAGGAAAAUGUUGGAACACGACCCGAAAAAAAGAAUAACUUCGAAAGAAGUCGUCGAACAACUGGAAUCCAUCAACAAUAAGCUCACUGAAAAAGAAGAAGAAUUGCGUAAACUAUGUCGUCGGGACUCUUCGUCUGGUCUAAUAGAAAAAAUUAAAGACUUAAUCCAUUUGGGAAUUGAUGUCAAUGCAAAGGACCAAUUUGGACGGAAUGCGCUCUAUUUUUUGUGUUGGAGCAAUUCAAACUCGAAUUUACUUGACGCAAUUCGACUCUUAAUCCGCGAGGGAAUUGAUGUCAAUGCAAAGGACACAAUUGGAUGGAAUGCGCUCCAUUGUUUGUGUGCGAACAAUUCACACUCGAAUUUAAUGGACACAAUUCGACUCCUCAUCCAACUGGGAAUUGAUGUGAAUGCAAAGGACACAAUUGGACGGAAUGCGCUCCAUUAUUUGUGUUGGAGCAAUUCAAACUCGAAUUUAACCGACGCAAUUGGACUCUUAAUCCAACUGGGAAUUGAUGUCAAUGCAAAGGUCAACAAUGGACGGAAUGCUCUCUAUUUUUUGUGUUGUAACAAUUCAAACUCGAAUUUAAUCGACGCAAUUCGACUCUUCAUCCAACUGGGAAUUGAUGUCAAUGCAAAGGACAACUAUAGACGGAAUGCGCUCCAUUAUUUGUGUGGAAACAAUUCAAACUCGAAUUUAAUCGACGCAAUUCGACUCUUCGUCCAACUGGGAAUUGAUGUCAAUGCAAAGAACAGAUUUGGAUGGAAUGCGCUCCAUUUUUUGUGUCGAUUCAAUUCAAACUCGAAUUUAAUCGACGCAAUUCGACUCUUAAUCCAACUGGGAAUCGAUGUCAAUGCAAAGGACAACGAUGGAUGGAAUGCGCUCCAUUAUUUGUGUGGAAACAAUUCAAACUCGAAUUUAAUCGACGCAAUUCGACUCUUCAUCCAACUGGGAAUUGAUGUCAAUGCAAAGGACAACGAUGGACGGAAUGCGCUCCAUUAUUUGUGUGGAAACAAUUCAAACUCGAAUUUAAUCGACGCAAUUCGACUCUUCAUCCAACUGGGAAUUGAUGUCAAUGCAAAGGACAACUAUGGACGGAAUGCGCUCCAUUAUUUGUGUGGAAACAAUUCAAACUCGAAUUUAAUCGACGCAAUUCGACUCUUCAUCCAACUGAGAAUUCCUGUCGUAUCCGAUGGCCACGAUGCACGAUCUAUUUUACGCAGCAAUUAUAGAAUAAAGAACAAGGACGAAAUCCUAAAACUACUGGACGAAGCAGCUCUCGUUUGAAUCCUGACUCAUUUCCUGGCGAUGCAUUGCGCUUAGUUGACGAUGACAUUAAAAUAAGGCGAGUGUCUCAUACUCGAAAUCUUUAACCACUAAAAUAGUCAAAUUUCUCGCUUUCUCGGCUGUAACACACCGACUGAUUGACUUUUCCUUUCAAAAUUACAAAAAUGUGACUGAA